AUGCAGUACUCAACUGCGGCUCUGUUAGCCUUGUUAACUAGCACUGCUUAUGCUGCUGUGGGAGAUUGGCAGCAAUGUGGUGGUAUUAGUUGGUCUGGUGAGACCACGUGCGGUUCAGGUGCAGGCUGCGUCAAGAUUAAUGACUACUACUCUCAAUGCCAACCCGGUGCAGCCCCGGCGCCCACUGCGGAGCCACAACCCGACCCUGUGCCACAACCAACACCUACAACCUUUACAACAGUCUCUCCAGGUGCACCCACUGUCAGCAGCACCCCAUCGGGAACCGGGCCGGGCAAGACACUUCAGAGCGGCUACUAUUGGAUCCGCGCAGUCGCCGCGCCCAACUUCCAUAAAUACUUCCAAACCAAACCCCUCUACUCGACAGGAUCAGCCCUCCUAGGCGACUACACCACAGCCGGCCAGUUUCAAGUCGUUGACGGUCAACUAGUUGAAUUAGUAUCCGCUCCCGGUGAGCCUGUCAAGCUUCUCUAUGCUGUGGUAUCCGAGGAGCGCUCUAUAAACGGCAUGUCUCUUGCUGUUAGCUUCUCCGAGAGCAAGAACACGUACGGAACGUUUGCAUGGGGUGGGGACGAUCUCCAAUGGAGUGUUUCUGGUGUCAAUCGCCCGAACAAGAGUGCAUGGUAUGUGUGCACUGGGCAGAAACUGUAUAUCAACUUGGGUAACUACUUGUAUCAGACGCCAAGUGGGUGUGCUGAUCAGACUGUGCAUUACUACAAUGAUAAGACGGCGAACAAUUAG